AUGAAGCUGAUGAAACAGAACUACGAGCGCGAUGGCAGCGGUUCCAUCGUUUGCGAGUGCGAAGUGGCGGAUGACGUUUGGACCCUGUACAAUAUCGUCCUCCCCGGCGAUAAAGUCAAAUGCGUCACGACACGGAAGCUACAGAAAGAAAGCGAUACGGGCGCGGUGUCAUCGGAGGUGAAGAAGAUCGUCCUCAACAUCCUAGUGAAGAAGAUCGAUUACGAGGGAGAUGGCGAUGUGCUGCGAAUCUCGGGGCAAGUUGUCGAAGAAAAUCCCUACGUGAAGAUCGGCAGCUACCACACUCUCGACAUUUCUCUGCAUACGAAAUUCACCCUUUACAAGGAACAGUGGGACCGUUUAUUCCUGGACAGGCUGCAGGAGGCAGUCGAUCCUCACCGGAGUGCCGAGGUCCAAGUUGUCCUGAUUGAAAGCGGCCUGUGCCACAUCUUUCUUCUCUCCUCCUCCCUCGCAAAGCCUGUGGCGAAAGUGACGGCGGCCAUGCCCAAGCAGAGGGGACAUUUCUCGAACUAUGAAAAGGUGAAGAGGCGUUUUUUCGAGGACGUGUUCUCGAGUCUGUUUGUCCACACGAAUCCCGAGACGGUGAAGUGCGUUCUGAUUGCCGGUCCAGGAUUUGUGAAAGACGAGUUCCUGCGGUUUCUCCACCAGGAGGCGGUUAAGAGGCAGGCGCUGACUGAGCUUCUCGCCGAUCCGAGUGUCUUGGCGCUUCUCGAAAACACGAAGGCGGCACGCCAUGCACAGAGACUGCAGGAUUUCUACAAGUUGUUGAAUAAAACGUUGGACGCCUCGGCUGGCAGCGAUUGCCGCAAUCUGACCUGCUACGGCCCGACGCAGGUCGCGACAGCUGUCGAAGUUGGAGCCGUGGCGUCUCUGCUGAUCACCGAUGGGUUGUUAAGGUCCAGCAACACAACUGAGCGACGACGCUUCGUCCGCCUGGUCGAGGAGGUCGAGCGUGCGGGUGGCGAAGUUUUGACAUUCUCGGACCAGCACACAAGCGGCGAGCAGCUCAACAUGCUAUCGGGAGUGGCGGCGAUCCUGAAGUUCCCGAUCGACGACUUUCUGGAGGAAGAUGAAGACAGCGGAGACGAGACGCGCAAGAGAGAGAGCUGA